AUGAGAGCUUCAAGUGUGUUAAACCUCCAGGCCUCUGCCACCGCCAACUUGAGACGGCCUUGGCAAACGUUUAGAGAUGGUCAAAUAUGGUAUGGUCUCACAAAGCUGGGUUCGAAGAGACAGGCUUUGACCACCAAGCAAGGGAACAAGAACUACUACAAAGGUACCAGAUCUUCAGGUAUUGGAAAAUUGAAUAACGCAGGAAAUUAUAUGGUAGACUGGACCAAAGUCAGAACUUACGUGGUUCCUGCUGACAUAUCUUCUGUCAGCUUCAAGCCGUUAGUUUCUCCCAACUCUCCCCAGCUUGAACAAAGAUAUGUUGGAUAUGCUGAUGGACCUAAAGAUGGAGAGCUUGCAUGGAAGAAUGUGGUGGACUUCAUUGAGUACGGAGAGAACUACGAUGUUCAAGACAUAGAGGAAAAUGAGUAUAAGGAGGAAUAUGUUAACCCUAAGAUAGUUCAAAGUCAGAUAGAACUUCCUGAAGGUAUUAAACAGUAG